AGCCGCGCCGGGCGGGCGCUGAUCCGCAGGGGCAGGGCGAUUCCCUUCCGGCAGCGCCCGGGCCCGGCCCCGUCUGCACGCACCGCGGAGCCAGCCCGCCCGUGCCGGGAAGCGGGGACGGUCCUUGUCCUUGUCCUUGUCCCUGUGACUGUCAGUGUCAGGGUUCCCCAUCGCGUGCGACCCCGGCCCGGGCGAUCGGAGAGGAAGAGCCCCUGAUCCCCGACGGGAUCCCGGCUGCACCCACCUGUCUUAUGGAGACAGGGGAUUCCCCCUCCACCCCAGUGCUCCUUUGGCCCCUUGGUUACGUGGCCAUCCGAGCCCCGGAUGCGCUGGGCUUGCAGGGUUUGACUGCAAUCAAAUCUAUCGCCAGCCGGGAAGCCUGGAUUUGAGCAUUGCUUUCUGCAAAAAAAAAGUGCAUUCUUGUGGUUUGAGAUCCGGGACUCGUUUCACCUCUCGACGCGUCGCGCUUUUAGAGAGAGGUAAGGUGCACGCCGACUUGCGGAGGGACGAGAGAGGGCUGAUGAGUAGGUAGUCGGGUCUGUUAUCUCUCAUCUCCAUGUACGGCUGGGAACAGGGCUGUGAUCUCUGGAGACGCAAAUCCGCAGUUUGAGAAGUGAAAGGAAGCUUCGUGGGAUCUUCUAGACCAGGGGUCGGCAACCCCCGGCACGUGUGCCGAGCACGGCACGCGAGGGCAUUUUGCUCGGCAUGCCACCGCCAGCCGGGCUCUGGGCAGCUGCUGCCAGCCACGAAGCCCGGCUGCUCCCAGCAGGCGGCUGCAAGCCCUGCUGCAAGGCAGGAUGAUAUCUUUGAGCUGUCACAGAUCUUAAAUUAAGACUAUCUUUAUAUAUGGGGUUUUCUGUUUGUUUUUUUAAAUCUUAAAAAUGGAUUACAUCAAAAAAAUCUGAUUUAAAUAAAAUCCAUUUUUUCCCUUUUUUUUUCAAAUCAUUGAUUUUUAUCCGCCCUGGGGCUUGGGCCUACAACUAGGAUGCCUGCCAUGGCUUUGGAAGUAUCUGAAACCCCAGGCUGAUGAGUCUGGGAGGCAGGAUGCUUGCUGAUGGUAGCUCCACGUGGAUCCGAAUGAUUGAGUUCUGCUCAUUUGAUAGGUCUCAGAACGGAUUUGGCUAAUUUGACCUGGAACGCAAAACUUAAAAACAAAAUCUAUGCUGUCUUUUUUGCUGCAGACGGCUCAAGAGCCUGGAGGCUGCUAACAGGCGCCGUGCAAGAGUGCAAGAGCCCAGGGUAGGGUGAGGCUUCCCCCGGCGGAGACCAUGGCUGCUGCGUUGGAGCCCGUGGCCGCUGUGGGCCUUCCUUCUGCGGUGCUGGUGCAGGGUGAGGUGAAGAUGGAGGAGCGGGACACAGCAGGUCUCCAGGCAGGAGCUGAGGGGACAGGACAAGUCCAUCGUGUCCUCCAGGCUGGGGCUGGGGAGCUGUCCCCGAGAUGGUCAGCACCACAGCAAGUCAAACAGCAAUUGCAGGAGGAGCCAGUUCAGUGCCAGGAGAUCCAGGGGGAGGAGGCGAUGCAGCCUGUGCAGCCCCCACCUGGGGCCACACAGCUGGCACCAGGGGAUGUCCUCCCCACCCCAGAGACCUGGCGCCAGCACUUCCGGAGCCUCCGCUACCAGGAGGGCGAGGGGCCGCGGGGGGUGUGCAGCCGCCUGCGGGAGCUGUGCCAGCGCUGGCUGGAGCCCCAGCGCCGCAGCAAGGAGCAGAUCCUGGAGCUGGUGGUGCUGGAGCAGUUCCUGGCCAUCCUGCCCCGGGAGAUGCAGAGCUGGCAGUGGGGACAUGGUGUGGAGACCUGCGCUGAAGCGGUGGCCCUAGCUGAAGGGUUUCACUUGGGGCAGGCAGAGAACGAGAGGCUCCAGGUCACAGUGAGUGUAAACGUCGAGGAGGUGUCCUCAGGCACGAUGCGGCCCACUGGGGACUUUCAGGGACUUGUUGAUUCCUGCCUGGAGCAUCUUCUGGAGGAGGCAGGACAGAGGGAAACUCCAGGGACUCGGGACAAGCCAGCUCUUGUCCCCAAAGAGGACGAGCCCCCGCCCCACCAGGAGUCAGGUGCAGGGACCCUGGACAGAGCUGAUCAGCAGCCUCCUGAGGAAGAGCCUGUAAACUGGGAGCUGCAGAGGACUUCCCCAGGGAGACUGGGAGAGAGGGGCUCCCUGACACCUGAUCUGGGCCAAGUGCAGAAGAGGCAGGGCAGGCCUCCGAAGCAGGGGGAGAGCACGGAGCUCGGGGAGGUCUUUGAGGCCGUGGCUGUGUACUUCACCCGGAAGGAGUGGGAGCUGCUGGGAGAUGAAGACAAGGUGCUUUACCGGGACCAGAUGCUGAGGAAUUUCCAUGCCCUCGUUUCCCUGGGAUAUGGAGGUCCCACACCUAACUUAAUCUGCCGCGUCCAGCAAGGAGAGUUGGAGCUCUGGGUCUGUGAGGAUGAGGACCAUGGGGAAAUCUCCAGGUCAGAGGACCUGUCACCAGGAGGUGCCUGCCUUCUGGGCAGAGCUGAGGAACAGCGUCCCGAGGAAGGGCCAGCAAACGUGGAGCCACCACAGACUUCCCCGGGGACUUUGGGUGAGAUGGGCUCCCUGAGACCUGAGAAGGACCAAUGGCAAAAGGGUCAGGAGAAUAUAGCAGUGAACCAGGUACCAUCUCCAAUGGGGUGUGAGAUUGGAGAAGAGACAACAGCCAGAAAGAGCCCUGAGUUCAGGGGACAAUUCGUGGAGUUGAGAGGUCUGAAGAGCCUGGAUCACAGCAAGAUCCAUUCUGGAGAGCUUCCCCACCGCUUCAUCAAAUGUGCAAAGAGCUUUGUGUGCAGCCCGGACCUGGUCAAGCACCAACAUGUGCACAGGGAGAAGCGUCGGUACCAGUGCAUCACAUGUGGUAAGACCUUCACCCAGUUCUUCUCCUUGGCUCAGCACCGGCACGUCCACUUGGGGAGGAAGACACAUCGUUGCACCAAGUGCAGGAAGAACUUCAUCUGCUGGCAAGACCUGUCCCGACACCGGUGUGUGCAGAGGGAGGAGCAGCCACACCACUGCACGAAGUAUGGGAAGCGCUUCAGGCGGCCCUCUGACCUGGCCCAGCACAGGUGCCUGCACACAAGAGAAAAGACGCAUCAGUACUCUCCGUGUGGUGCCAUCUUUAUCCGCUCGUCCAUCCUGGCCAAACACCAGCUCAUCCACACAGGGCAGACGCCUUGUUCUGAUUCUGGGAAGAGCUUUACCCGCCCUUCCCACCUGGCACGGCACCACCUUGUGCACACAGGGGAGAAUCUAUAUCAGUGCCCUGAGUGUGGGAAGAGCUUCACCCAAUCCUCCAGGCUGGCCCAGCACCAGCGCAUCCACACAGGGGAGAAGACACUUGGGUGCCCUGAAUGUGGGAAGUCCUUCAGCCGCUCCUCCAGCUUGGCCCGACACCAGCUUAUCCACACAGGGGAGAAGAGACAUCAGUGCUCUGUGUGUGGGAAGAGCUUCACCCAGUCCUCCACCCUCGUUCAGCACCAGCGCGUCCACACCGGGGAGAAACCACAUCGGUGUUCUGAGUGUGGGAAGAGCUUCACCCAGUCCUCUAGCCUGGGCCGGCACCAGGACCUCCACAGAGAAAAGGCACAUCAGUGUUUGGUAUGUGGGAAAAGUUUUACCCACUCCUGCCACCUAGCCAGGCACCAGCGCAUCCACACAGGGGAGAAGCCAUAUCGGUGCUCUGGGUGUGGGAAGAGCUUCAUCCUGUCCUCUAGCUUGGCUCGGCACCAGCGCCGCCAGGCAGGGAAGGCAGAUCAGUGUUUAGUGUGUGGGGAAAGAUUUACCCUUUCCUGCCACCUGGCUGAGCACCAGCGCAUCCACAUACGGAAACCCUCACAUCAAUGCUCUGAGUGUGGGAAGAGCUUCACCGAAUCCUCCAGCCUGGCCCAGCACCAGCGCAUCCACAGAGUGGAGAGGCCACAUCAGUGCUCGGAGUGUGGGAAGAGAUUUACCCAAGCCUCCCACCUGGCCCGGCACCAGCUUACCCAUACAGCAGAAAAGCCACAUCGGUGUUCAGAGUGUGGAAAGAGCUUCACCCAGCCCUACAGCCUGUCCCAGCACCAGCGCAUCCACACAGCGGAGAAGCCCUAUCAGUGCUCUGAGUGUGGGAAGGGCUUCACCCAGUCCUCCCACCUGGCCCGGCACCAGCGCAUCCACACAGCGGAGAAGCCCUAUCAGUGCUCUGAGUGUGGGAGGAGCUUCACCCAGUCCUCCCACCUGGCCCGACACCAGCGCAUCCAUUCCCGGGAGCAUCCAUAAUUCUGGCAGCAAAGCAGGAAGGGCUUGCACAUGUCUACAUAUUUAGCACCCACCUAUGGCUGUAUUCAGGCAAACAGCCUCAUGCUGGGGGGCUGCAGAAAACGUUCACCCAGCCUUCGGCCCUUGUAGGGCACUGCAACACGCAAAGGACCCAAGGGCUGGCCUCUGGGAGGUUCGAUUGGUGGGCUGGGGCUAAGAGGUAACACCUGAGGCCAGCCCAGAUGCAUGCAGAACCUGUGAGGAGACUAUCUUUGCAUCAGCCCUGAAGCCUGUGCAUUCCCCAUCAUUUUCUAAAAGCAGACAGUGGUCCCAAGGGGAGAACGAGUUCCUUCAAAAUAGGGUGUCCUCUCCAAGACAACUGGCUUCAAAUGACACUCAAGAACUGUCACUUCCCAGCUUCAUCCUCCCUCCUGUUCCCAGGCUUCUGGUAUGUGAGGCUCUUGAGUUGCAAGAAGGAGGACAUUCAUGGCUGGGGAAGCAUUCCCUGCCCUCCACCCUGAACUCACCUUUCCUCACCGCCACCCAAACCCUCUCCCAGUCACACUCAGGCCCAUUAGGUGUCUGCAAGACACUGCUCUUGCCACCCUCUGAGCCUAGUUUAGCAGAUUUUGCUUUUCAGCCUGUCUUCAAAACUGUGCACCACUGGGUGCCUGCUGCUCCCCCUGCCCUCCUUUCCUUCACUGCAUUCUCUAUAAUGUGUUCUCUGCUCAAACAGACCCAAACCUGGUGGCCCUGAGGACUGGGGCAGUUGCCCACAGCCCUCUCCUUCCUCUCCCCUUGCCCCAUCUGCACUUCCCUUGGUGCAGGGACAGUCUGAGACCAGAGGCCUUUGCUAGGCAGAUGCUUCUGGCUGGGGCUUGGGGUAGAGGGGCUGGAUGGGGGCAUGGGGCUGAGUUCUGCUGCUGGCUCCCCCUGGGUCCUACUGCCCCUGGCUCCUGUCAUCUUUGACAGGCAGCCAGGAGCAGAUUAAAAUUAAUUUUUUAAAUGUUUUAGGAGCCUUGUGGGCUGGAUAAAAUGGCCUGGCAGGCCGGAUGCAGCCCACAGGUCAUAUUUUGCCUGCCUCUGUGCUAGUGGGUUACUCCAAGAGGUUAAUAACUCAUCAUUGCGCAUGCUCUUUUAUUCAUCGCCUCUGUAACUGUCCUCUGCUGGUCUCUCCCAAUGUAUAAAACUGUGGUCACUUUGUCUGUAUGACAGCACUUAAAAAAAAUAACCUUGUAACUUU